AUGUUACGGGUACGACGGGCUCGAGUUGCUGACGCAUUGAGGUGGUUAAUUGCCCACAACAAAUUGUACCAAGGUCUACAGAUAUCAGCGAAAAACCUCGAAGACCUGCCUGUGGAUGGAGUGCCAGAAGAAAUAUGGGGAAACGUCAAGUGGUCCGACCAGGUGGCGUUGCUGGAAAAGGAACAUGCUGGGUAUGUGCCUGAAGAAGAUGAAGAAAACACGGGCAGUACAGGAUAUGAGGCAGCUGAAUACAGUACCAACAAUGCCGAGGUGGGUACUGAAGACGAAGAUGAGGAUGCAAAUAACACGACACCCGACGCAGCUGUUUUUGCGAUGCAAGCCCAUGGUGUAAUCAAUGUUGAGGGUAACCAUAUUCCGCAAACAGAUUUGAUUACGCAUGCACUCCGAAACAUGGCCGACACAACACGGUGCCGCAAUACAUCCGAAGAAGGCCUAAACAAUGAUGAUGCGCAUUUCUUGGUUUGCAGAGGGGGAUUCGUGAACAAGUAUCCCCGAGUGGAUGAUAGUGGCGAACGAACGAGUGUAACUUACAAGGCUCAUUGCCAGUGGGCGUUAGAAUAUGCUGAUGGCAGAUUUAGAAGGGAUUUCCAGUUCAUUUUCCAAGUGUUCAGUGUUUUGCAGAAGAGGCAAAUUUGUGGUUCGGCUGCACUGCGUAUGACUCGCGCGGAGUAUGUUAGGAACCGCCGUGGUAUAGAAAACCUCAAAGCGCAGGACUUCGUCUUGGCCACUGAGCAAGAGCGACGAAAGCAGCCAUAUAGCAACCCAACAAUGAGAGCAUUGUGCUCCUAUGUAUUUGCGGGCGAGGCAAUCAACCUCGACAACUUCGAUGUGGAAGCAGGGCCUGUUAGCAGCACACGAUCAAGGAACAUGGCCGCGGACCCCUAUGCCGCUGCGAAAUUCUUUCAUUUCGUCGUAAAGGCGAUACUGGAGACACUGUUUGGCAUUAAAGUUACUAAUCGCCAAUUUAGUUGUCACAAUGGAAUCUUCGGGAAAGUAAAGGCGUACGUCGGGAUGGUGGAAGCGCAGGGUCGCGGAAUGUUACAUAUACAUAUGAUUCUGUUCUUGGACGGAGCGCCUGCACCGAGUGUAAUGAAGACUUGUCUGCAAUCCGAAGCAUUCCGUCGGAAAGUGGCUCAUUUUAUCGCAACAAACAUUACAGCAGAUGUGGGAUUGGAUCAGGAAUCUUUGUUAAGUCUACGUGCAAAACCUGCAAUUUCGUUCAAUCGACCGCAGUCACCUUUUGAUCCUCAGUACAGUCUGAAGCGAUUGGAACAGCAGAAAUUACUUACACGCGCACUUCAGGUGCACCAGUGUGCGAUGGGAAGAUGUCUGAUCAUGAAGGGUGGUCGACAAGUUUGCAAGAACUGA